UUGCGAGUCUACAACCUUGCUUACGGUGAUUUCCGCCCUGACGUACUCCAGUGCUGCUCUCCGCUCCUCCUCUCCUCAGACCUUCACCCAGCGGAGCAGUCUGUGUCACACGCUCCGUGGUGCGGCAGCUGCCUCAGGUCUGAUCGAUACAAUCCUCUGAGACAUGGCUGCGUUGAUCCGGAGGAUUAUCAGCACAUCCAGAGCUCCGGCUGCUAUCGGCCCGUACAGCCAAGCAGUGGUGGUAGAUCGGACAGUGUACAUCUCUGGACAGCUGGGGAUGGAUCCUGCCAGUUGUCAGUUGGUGGAAGGUUGUGUUCAGGCUCAGACCAGACAGGCUCUUGAAAAUAUGGGUGAAAUCCUUAAAGCUGCAGGCUGCGGUUAUGAAAAUGUUGUCAAAACCACAGUGCUCCUCGCUGACAUGAACGACUUCACUAAUGUCAACAAUGUUUACAAGCAGUUCUUCAGCAGUAACUACCCAGCCAGAGCUGCCUACCAGGUUGCUGCACUUCCGAGAGGUGGUCUGGUUGAGAUUGAAGCAAUUGCUGUUUUGGGCCCUCUCACCAAUGUUUCCUAACGAGAGUAUCUGUCGAAAAAUUGAAAGAAAAAUCAGGAAAUCCUAUAAUGAUAAAAAUAUAUGUGCCUUGUUCUGUAGACUGUAGACGAAUUGAUACAUCAAUCCUGUAUAGCAUGCGCAUAGCACAUCAUUUUUUAUUAUAGAUCAAUCAUCCUCCUGUAUUACGUUCUGUAGUACGUCGUGGGUCACUUUGCAGACUAUUAGUAGUCAGGCUGAUUGCUGUAUUGAAUUUCUCCAGCAGCCUUUGUUGUCACAAGCCAUCAGUUUAUCCUAAUGCCAAAUGAUGGAGGUUCAAAUGUAACUCAAUAAUACAUGUUUUUACACAUCAUGAAUUAUUCUCGUCAGUAGGGGAUUGCUGUACGUGUGUGUGUUGAUGCCCGCAUGGUUGUACAGGAUGAAAAAUAAUUUAUACAUGAGAACAGGAUUUGGUAUGUUCCAAAGCAUGGUUUAAAAUAGACUAUUAUAUUGUAAAUAAAUGUAAAGACCAACAUAAUGUCCAUAUGUGGUACAAUGUGUUAAUGGGUGUGUUGCAUCAUGUCAAACAAAAUGAAAACGAGAGGGUGAGGCAGAGUGUGUAUGUAAAGUAAAUAACAUACAGUCCAAUUUCAGUUAAAGAAAACCCACAUGUAUUAGUAAGUAAAACUUUAUUCUGUACACUAAGAGGUUAGCAGAAUCACAGACAGUUCAGAGAGGGAAUACAUUACAGAGGAAGACACAGAUGAAGAGAGCCAAUAUCUAAACAGACUUUUUUGUUCCCAUAAGAGUUCUUCACAUCUUAUGCAACUCAAAUACUCAAAAACACAAAGACCUUGACUCUUCUCCACAGUGUGCAGGACUUGAAUACAAUGUCCACUAAGUGAUCUCUUACUGUGGGAGACAUUUAAUUCACUAUGAGCAAAAAUGAAUAAAGAGCAAAAAUAGUAAAAAAAAAAA